UUACUUAUCCUACAAUGAUGCGUUAGAGAGAUCGCCAGAUGACGCCUUAAGACACGCAAGAACUUGGGAAGAAUAAGAAGAAAAGACAAAAGAUUGACUGAUAAAAGAGGACCGAGAGGAGGAAGACCUAAAGCGUUACAGGUCAAAAGAAGAAGAAGAAGAAGCAACAAACAGCAACAACAACACGCGCGGCACAGGACCUGACCUCACCGUGAUUGUCUGAUUGCCUCAUUAAUUAUCACCCCUCCCCCUCCCCCCCAUGGCCCUCGUGACCCUAGGUGUGGUGCGGGGCCUUGGCAGACUCCCCUCCACCUGGUGCCCGCCCCACUGCCUCGCCGCCCUCACCACAAGGCACGAUAAGAGGCACCUCACCCCGCCCACCAUGGCAAGGCAGGCAUCCACCGGCACAGACAAAACGAAAAUUGAGCUUUACUACGAUGUGACGUCCCCCUUCUCCUGGUAUGCCUUUGAGGUGCUUCACAGAUACAAGUCACACUGGGAUGUUGACUUACACUUAAAGCCAGUACUGUUGGCCGACAUCAUAAAGACCAUCGGCACCACCCCAGAGAUGCUGCGCCCCAAAAACCCCGCCUAUCACCUGGAGGACAUCCGACGCUGUGCGAGGUACUUCAACGUCCCAUUGAGGCUGGAAGAUAAAACCUACGAAACGGUCACAGGGAAAGAUUCCCUCCCUCCCAACCUCUUCCUGACGGCUGUCGACUUGCUGUAUCCAGGGCUUCUAGAGCAGGCCAGUCGGGAGCUGUGGAUGUCUGCUUGGAGCAAGCAUGAAGACAUCACAUCAGAUGAAGUGUUGGCAGCAGUGGGCUUGGCGGCAGGUCUGACACCAGAAGCUGUUGCCGAGGUGAAGGAGCACACGAGUCAGCCAGCCACCAAGCAGCGGCUGGAAGCAUAUACCAAGGAGCUCAUCGAGCUUGGAGCUUUUGGUGUGCCCACAAUCUUUACCCACACCAAAAAGAAGCCAUCAAUGUUCUUUGGCUCUGACAGGUUCCAUUUGAUUGCACGAGAUAUUGGUCAAACCUGGAAGGGACCAGAGCCUGAUGCAGCCCCUGCAAAGCUUGCCAGUCCUGCUGGGGAAAAAAAGAAAGUUGUUCUCUACUAUGAUGUGAUAUCACCCUAUGCCUGGUUUGGUUUUGAGGUUCUCACCAGAUACCAGGCUCACUGGAACAUUGACCUACAUCUGAAGCCUGUGCUGCUGAUGGGUGUCGGCAAGGCUGCUGGGACCAUCGCGCCGGCCAUGAAGCCUAACAGAGCGCCCUACAUGACAAAGGACUUGAUUCGCACAGCAGCCCACUACAACGUGCCUCUGAAAAUGCCUGAAGACGUAUUCCAAAUGAUGUUUGUGAAGGGUUCCCUCAUCCCUAGCCGCUUCCUGACAGCCAUCAGCCUCCUGCACCCCAGCCACUUGGAGGAGGCAAGCCGCCAGCUCUGGUUGGCAGUCUGGGGCAGGGAUGAAGACAUUACAACAGAUGAGGUGCUGACAGCAGCAGGGUUGGCAGCUGGUCUGACCCCAGAGGCAGUUGCUGAAGCAAAGGAGCAUGCAAUUCAACCAGCCAUCAAGGAGCAGCUGAGGGCCCACACGGCGGAGGCCGCCAAGCAUGGGGCUUUUGGAGUGCCCACCAUCCUUGCCUGUGUCGGGGAGAAGCCGUCUUUAUACUUCGGGUCGGAUAGGUUUCCUCUCCUGGCACAGGAGCUCAAUGAGCCGUGGCUGGGCCCAGAGCCAGGUGCACUAAAUGCCAGACUUUGAAGGGUUGUCUGCUGUGCCUUUAGAUUUACAUGAGUGUAAGUUAUGUAUAUCCAGUAGUGGGCACUGCUAACUGAGAGGUAAGCUUUGCUAACCACUAUUUAACUUACUGUUAAGUUAGCUUUGCUAAUGCCAAACCACUGAACCACUAAAAAAUUGUCAUAAGCUUUUGCUAACAGCUUAAUUUUAUAUGAAUUUAGCUUCAGUCUGUUUUUUGGCUAUCGUUUAUAUGUUUUAGCUUAAAGAUAGAUCUGUCCGAAAAGGUGCAACCCACCAUGAUCAGAUGAUGAUCAAGGUGUACAUUAAAAUUAAAUGAACAAAUGACAUUACUAGUGCCAGAGGCUGAUAUUCCUCUUAUCCCUUGACUUAAGGACAAAGUAGUCCUCCAGGCAAGCCACGGGUUCUAAUACUUGUGGCCCUCACUCUCCUCAGUCUGAGUGGCCUCCGCCUCACCCACAGCCACUGCAGGCUCCUCAACAGGCCCAACAUCCUCAGGCAUAACAAAAAUGUCUUCACUCAAUAAAUUUAUAAUGAUAAGCAAUAAUACUUGCUGCUGUUGCUAACACUGUAAGACUGUCAACAACGUGACAUCGUAAAUAAACUGAAUCCAGAGCUGCAGAAUUACACAAUGCAGCUCAGGUGCUGUUGGUUCCACCAUUCACGUCUUGUCAUUUUUGCAUGUAGUCAGCCAAUGGCGUGCCAGACUGCCUGUUGGAGUCAAGCCCAUAACAGACAGGAAGAAACAUGUAUUAGUUUUGUUAGUGGACUUUGUUAGUGGAACUUAAUUUAACAUAAGCUAAUUAAUUAACUAACUAUUUUCUAAUUAACCAACAAUUUCCAAAGUUAGCAGAAAUGCUAAUCCUCUAACAAAAAAGUUAGCUUUGUUAAUUAGUGGUUUCAGAAUCAUCCCCACCACUGUAUAUCUCAGGGCAAAGGGCUUUUAGUGAUGACUGCCGUACAAAAAUGUACAUGGUGCAAUGUACAUAAGUGGUAUAAUGAUAUAUUUGGACAUAUUUUAUUUGAUAACUAUAUUCUCUAUACAUUUUGUAGUUUUGAAGUGAGUUCAUGGGGAGUUGAAAAAAUGUUGAAUAUUACAAAAUACUUAAUUAGAGUUUGAAGUGCAUGUACAAAGUUUAUUGAUGUGGUAAUCUAUUUUACUUGAGGUAGGUUACUUUAUUUUUUUUAAUAAAGUAACAAUGUUG